AACGGUCAACUUUGUACGCGACACACACACAACGCAACACAGUACAGUAGGCAGGCCAUUGCUGUCGUGUCGACUGAAGGAAACGAGCCCUCCUCCCCUUCCACCAUUCUCACCUUCUCCGAUCUCUCAUCCUUCCCAUGGUGGGGACGACGGAGGUGGAGGGCAUCGAGGCGCUCGUCCGCCGCCUCAGGCUGUACCAGCCGCCUCCCUCCCCGUACGACGGCGCCUCGACCACGGCGGCCGGCGGCGGCGGCGAGCUGUUCCGGCCGCGGAGGGCCGCCGUGCUGGUCUGCCUCUUCCGCCGCCGCGGAGGCGACGGCGAGCUCCGCGUCAUCCUCACCAAGCGAUCCUCCUCCCUCUCCACCCACUCCGGCGAGGUUGCAUUGCCAGGAGGGAAGGCUGAGGAAGGUGAUGCUGAUGAUGCAGCAACAGCACUGAGAGAGGCAAAGGAGGAGAUUGGGCUUGAUCCUUCUUUGGUCACUGUUGUUGCCUCUUUAGAGCAUUUCUUGUCAAAGCAUCUUCUGGUGGUUGUUCCUAUUGUUGGCAUCCUCUCAGAUAUAGAAGCAUUUAAGCCUGUUCUUAAUGUCGAUGAGGUAGAUGACAUUUUUGAUGUACCGCUGGAGAUGUUCCUCAAGGAUGAAAAUAGGACAUCUGAGGAGCGCGAAAAGAUGGGGCAGACAUUCACAAUUCAUUACUUCAAUUAUGAGAAAGAGAACCAAAAGUACUUAAUCUGGGGCCUGACUGCACGCAUCUUAAUUCAUGCUGCUUCAGUUGUAUACCAGCGCCCACCAGACUUUCCCGAGCGAAGAGUACAUUUCAACCUGCCAAAGUUCUGAAGGGGUCGUUGGCAGUGCCAUGGAUCAGCAUAUACUAAAUACUGUUAACUUACUAUGGAGACUCAAUUAUACCGAUUGAAGAGCAUGGCGGAAAAAAAAUCCCAAAAAAGGUUGCUGGAGAAUAUAUAUUUUCUAUUCUUUGCACCAUUCUUUACAUAACACGCUGAUGUUAACAUUUGUUGAUGCUGAGUUAUCUGAGUAACCCCCAUUUGCUCCCUGUUGAUGUCACCAAACAGUUGCACUAAUACAGUUGGGUUUUAUAUGUGAAGUAUAAAUCAAAUUUAGUGUGUUGAGUGCGUUGUUCAGUCACUCAAUUAGGAUCAGAUGUUUGUGAAAACCUACCAAAUUGCUGAUACUGUUGAUGCUCAAUUGUUCCAUUCCUUCUGAAA